UGGCUCGCGCAGGCCGCCGUGUUGGGCGGCAGCGGAAAGAUGGCGGACGUGGCCGUGGGCAAGGACAAGUGCGGGGAGCAGCGGCUCGUGUCGCUGCCCCUGUCCCGCAUCCGGGUCAUCAUGAAGAGCUCCCCCGAGGUGUCCAGCAUCAACCAGGAAGCACUGGUGCUCACGGCCAAAGCCACGGAGCUCUUUGUUCAGUACCUAGCCACCUAUUCCUACAGACAUGGCAGUGGAAAAGAAAAGAAAGCACUGACUUACAAUGACUUAGCGAAUACUGCAGAGGAAUCGGACACUUUUCAGUUUCUUGCAGAUAUAUUACCAAAGAAGAUUUUAGCUAGUAAGUACCUGAAAAUGCUUAAAGAGAAGAAGGAGGAGGAUGAGGACGAUGAAGGAAGUGACGAUGAUGAAGCGGAGUCCUAGACCAAGGAAGAAGGCUUCUAGAAAUCACCUGGCCAGGACCCUCCUUGGUGACCCUCUUGCUCUGAAGCAAUCAAAUCACCAUGUGGCUUUGGUUUCCCUUUCCAGAAAUUUCCAGUACAGCAUAUUCCUUCAUGACUAAAACUGAUCAUCUCCUGCAUCUACACCAUGAAGAGCUGAAGGGAAAAUAGUGCAACUGCGGUCUGACAGGCCACCCUGCAGCUGAAACCACUGUCCUUUCCUUUGAACUUGCAGACAGAUUCUGACAAGCUUCUGGAUUAGCUGUGGAUUUAUGAUUUAUAUUCUGAAAUUCUUAUAACAACUGGAUUUAGUUUCAGCUAAAUAUGUAGUUUAUAGUCAUAUGCUUCCUUUCAGUUAUGUAUUUUUAUAAAAUUUGACUAUUCAAAUUUUAUUUUUUUAUUGUAAAGAAAUAUACUUUUUCUUUUCUAUUAAGGUCUGUACAUAUUUUUACAGUAAUGUGCUUUGUGGAACUAGUUUUAGGACUCAUUUGUUCUAAUCCUUUGCUUACUACCUGAAAGUUUUGUAAAAUUUAAAAGCAAGCAUUUCUUUGUGGGGCUGUGGCUCAUCAGUGGGAUUGAUUCCCAGAACCAAAAAACAAAAACCCACUUUUAUUCCCAAAGGUAAACUCCCAGAUUAUCAAAUGAAAUGCAGAAAUACUGCCUCUGCCUUGGUAUACUGUCCUUAUAACCUACAUCCAGUAAAAUCGCCCUUUUUGGGUUCAAGUGUA